AUGCCGCCGCAUUGCCGCGUCACGGCGCCACUUCCGACCCGCGGCGGGACGGGCGCGGGCACGGAGAUCGAUGCGGUGAUCAUUGGUGACGAAAGCCUGGGCGUGUUGUAUGGGGUGGUACAGAGCUUGUCUGGAGCGACUGCUGCGUCGUCCACGACGACGAGUGCAUCGAGCGCAUCGACAGCGGCGCCAGUCCGGGCGAGGCGGCGGACCAGGACGAGUACGGUGGCGCAGCGGGCCAAGAAGCCAGUUGCUGACUCGGCCGAGGUCGAGGAGCGCGCGGUGCGUUGGCGAGCGCGGGCUCCUGCUGGAAUGAAGCGGCGGAAGGAGCGGGCGAUGUCCCAGCCGCUGUUUCUCCUCUCGGCGUCGAUCGAUCGCGACGUGCCGCGCGGGGAGUUUGCAGUCACCGGCUCGACUGGCAACGUCUACAACGUGGUCUUUGCCGAGAGGACGACGUGUUCGUGCCCCGACGCGGGGAAGGGCAAUGUGUGCAAGCACGCCCUCUUUGUCGGCAUCAAGGUGCUUAAGAUCCCAUCGCGCUCGCCACUGCUGUUCAACGCCCUGCUUCCGUCCGAGCUCAAGGUGGUCUUUGCCAACCUUGCCAUUGCGCGGCACCAGGCGUACGUGACAGCCGUGCUGGGCGAGGGCGAUGCUGACGGCGACGGCAAUACAAGCGGGGCGCCUGGCGUGACCCGCAAGCCUGUCGACGGCGAGUGUCCAGUUUGCUUUGACGAUCUGGACUCGGAUCCGGUGGUGUGGUGCCGGGGCCAGUGCGGACAGAACCUACACAAGCGCUGCUUCGAGCAGUGGUCGGCGCACGGCGGCAAGGUGUGCGUUCUCUGCCGCGCGCCAUGGCUCGAGACCUCGCUGUCCAACGUCGAGGGCUACAUCAACUUGGCCCCGUUUGAACGACGCGCCCUCACUGCACGGCUCGACCGGUACCGAUCGCCCUACCAGUCCCGGUACUCGCGGAGGCGGUACAACUACGACCAUGAUUGGAACGAAUCGGCCAGCAAUAGCACAGGCAGCAGUGAAGACUGGUAG